AUGAAUUGGUAACAUCCAUUCGUUGAUGUAUUUAAAUAAUUUGGUGUAUUUGAAAUAGCACAUACUCAAUCCAAAGGUUAGGUUUCAGUUGUUUAAGUAAAUAUGUAAAUUGAUUAAUAGGAUAAUUAAAUAGGAAGAAAGAUAAUAAGAUUAUUAGGAGCAAUAUCAGCAAAUAAUAUGGUAUAAAUUCCAGAUCCAUGUUAAGGAAUCAAACAAUUAGGAUUAACUGGUAGAUAUAUUUAUAUUGAAUUCAUUCCAAUCAAAGGUAGAUAUUUUACUAUGCAUUUUGAUUUGUAAAUUAAAGACAGAGAUCCUUUAAUUAAAUUAACAGUCUCUAAUAUGUAUGAUGUUCAUAAAGUAUUUAUCAAUAUAAUUAAUUUAAUAGGUUUAACAAUCUUAACUCUUAAUACCAUACCCAAAAAAUGCUCCAAACAAAUGGACUAUAUUAAUUUUAGAUGUUGAAUACUUUUUGGGUAAUUUUGGAUUACUACCAAGCAGUUUGUAUAAGUCUUUCAAAGGAAUUCAUUCAUUAAAAUCAUUUCAAAUUUGUAGUUCCAUGAACAUUAGAGGAAUAUACACAAGUGAUAAUCUCUAUGAUUGGGAAACUAUGCCUAAAUAGAUGUUAUUUAAAUUGGCCAAAGGAUAAAAAUGGACAGAAGAAUAUCAAAUUGCAUAUUGGCCUGCUUUAGAUGUCCAACCUCAUAUUUUCAAAUAACCUUUAGUGGAAGUAACUACUGAUAUUUUAGAUAAUCUAAUGAAAAUAUAGGAAAAUAAAGAGAAGUAUAAAUAGGAAACUUAGAAGUCUUUUAAAUAAAGUUAAGUUUAACAUAAUACAUAAUAAAUAGAGGAAUUAGUGAAAAGGAGACCUGGUGAUUAGAAUGUAGCUUAAAGUAAAUCAGUAGAUGCACAAGAUCAUCCACUUUAACCAUAUCCAAUAUAAUAAUUAGAUAAAAUAAUAGGAUUUACAGUUAAUUCAUGUCCUGAUAUUAAAUGGGGUAGACAAACUGAAACAUAAAAAUAAAUAACAUAUGCAGCUGGAUAAUUAUUGGUUUAAAGCAAUAUUUAAGAUGGUAAAUAGAAGUUUUUUAUGGGACAUUCUAAAGCAAUAUCAUGUUUGGAUGUAAGUAAAGAUGGAGAAUGGUUAGUAAGUGGAUAGAGUGAAAAGAAUGCAAUUAUAAGAAUAUGGAAGAAUAAUUGUGAUUGUUUAAGUGCAUUUGCUACUCCAUAUUCAUAAUUGAAUUAUUUAUCAUUUAGUUAAGAUAGAAAAAUGUUAGUAACUGUUGGAUAGGAUGAACAUAAUAGAGAAAUUAUUAUCGUAUGGGGAUUGGAAAAAAUAGAAAGUAGUAGAAAACCUAUAUUAUUUGCUAAAUAAACAAGUUCAUGUAAUAUAUUGGCAAUCAAAUUUUCACCUGUUGAUAAUAAUAAAAUACUAUCUUGUGGACAUGAAAAUAUUAGAUUUUGGAGAAUCAAAGAUGAACAUCUUCCUGGAGCAAGUGUUGUAUUAAAUCAUCAUGCCAGAAAUACAACAUUUACUAAUUUUGAUUUUGAAUUUAAUUAUGAAGAUUAAAAUGUUAGUAACAUUUAUUUUGGAUCUAAAAAUGGAUAUUUAUUUUAAGUUGCUUAUUAAAGUUAGAAAUUAAUGUAAGUAUAUAAAGUACAUAAUGAUGCAGUUACAGCUGUGUGUUUAUCUGCUGGAUUUUGUAUUACUGGUAGUUUAGAUUAAUACCUUAGAGUUUGGCCAUUAGAUUUUAAUGAAUUUUAUAUUGAAGCUAAACAUGAAGGAAUUAUUACUUCAUUGGAUAUAUCAAUUGAUGGUUUAUAAGUAGCUUGUGGUACAUCAACAGGAGGAUUAGGUAUUUUAGAUAUUAGUAGUCAUCAUUACAAAACUAUUAUUAGAUCACAUACUAAUGUUAUUAAUUAAAUUUAAGUACAUCCAUUUUCUAAAUUAUUAAUAACAUUAUCAGAAGAUUGUACAAUUAGAUUAUGGGAUAUUGAAAAAUCUGAUUAAGUAUAUGAAUUCACAUUUCCAUAAGAUGAUAAAUGUGUUUGUUUAUCAUCAUCUCCAAUUGGAAUGUAUUUUGCUGCUGGAUUCAAAUCUGGAACUCAUAGAAUAUUUGAUAUUGAAUAGACAUCUAUUCUUGUUGAAGGAAAGUAUCAUGAUUUAGAAAUCAAAUGCAUAUAAUAUAGUUCUAAUGGAUAAUAAUUAGUUAUUGGUGAUGCUAAAUCAAUCUAUAAAAUAUAUGAUGUGAGUAGAGAUUAUUAGCCUAUUAAAACUAUUUAACAUUCUAUAUAAUCUUAGAAUGUUUGUGGUUAAUUUUCAAAGGAUUCUGCAAUUUUAUCAUUAAUUGAGAAUUCUACCAAUAUUGAAUUAUGGGAUACUUCAUCAUUAUAAUAAAUUUUAAAGAUUUAAACAAGAUUUACUUUGAAAAUAUUGAAAUGGGCAGAAAAUAAUGUAGAAUUAUUAUGUGGUACUACAGAUGGAAGAAUAAUUAUUUAUGGAAUUGAAAGAGUUAAUGAUACUAUUACUGCAUAUUAUUUAAGAGAAUAGACAUUUAUGCAUAAAUAAUCAUUAAAUGAUUUUGUUGUAUCACCAAAUAUGAAAUAUCUAUUCUCUGUAGGUGCUGAAUAAUAUUUAAAAGUUUGGGAUUAUGAAUUUUAAGUUAAAGGACCAGGAUCUUGUUAGGUAUUUAUUGGUCAUUCUUCAUAAAUAAAUUCUAUUGAUUGUGCUGAUAAUGGUAGUACUAUUAUUACUGCAGGUGGAAAGGAAGGAAUAUUUAUUUGGAAAUUUCUAGGAUAUACAGGUAAAAAUGAAAGAUUGAUUAGAAUGGAAUAAGAAUAAUUAGUAUAAUAAUGUACUAAAAUUGAUAUGUAAUAAGAUUAAUUUGAAUAAUAAGAUUAAUAAGAUGAAUAAAAUGAAAAAUUAGAUGAUUAUUAUGAUAUUUAAGAAAAUAAUGAGAAUCUUUAACCUAAUAAGGAUGCUCAUUUGCAUACAUUUUAAUAAAGUUAAUUAGUAGAAAUGUUUAGUUUAGUUAGACAAUUACCUUAGAAAGAAGAAUAAGAAGAAGAAUAAGGAUUGGCAAACAAAAAUGUCAAUACACCAUUUAAGCCUGAUCAUUUUAAACCAUCUAGAUUAUAAUAAGAAUUUAAACCUAUUACUUUUGAAUUUGAAAGAUAAAUUCUAAAUAGAAAGAGAUCAAGAAGUCAACUUAAAAAAUAAUAGAAUAAAUAAUAUUAAUCUACUUAAUUACCUUUCAGAUAAUAUAUUUUACCUCAAAUAAAAGGAUAAUCUUAAUAACCUACUUUAUCUUGUAAAUAUAUGGUUGGCUAUAAUACUAAAACACAUGAUAAUAUCAUAUGGUGUUAAUCUUAUGGUUGGUAUGCAUAUACAUCAUAAAAUUUUAUUAUCUUUGAGAAAUUAUAAUAGGAUAGAGAAUAAUAAAUUUUGAGUUUCGAUGCUACAGUGAGUGUGAUUUACCUUGAUAAAACAUAAAAGCAUUUAAUUGUUGGUCUUGCAUAGAAAGUAUAGGAUGCUGCUCCAAUAUAUGUUUUUGAAAUCUAAAAUAAUGCUAGUCAAUUAGGAUUUAAAUAAAUUGCUUAAAUGAAUUUUCAUACUUAAGGAGUUCAUCAAAUUUUACUAACUGAAGAUGAAAAAUAUUUAAUUUCUGUAGGUAAUGGAAAAGAGUGUACUGUUGUAAUUUGGGAUUUCAUAACUAAAAAAUUAAUAACUUCUUCAUAUACAUUGGAUAGGAUUAAUGAUAUCAAAAUAUCAAAAUAUUCAUUUUCUAAAGAAAGAAUAAUAGAAUUUGCAACAGUUGGUAGAGAUCAAAUAUAUUUAUGGGCUUUUACAAAAGAUCAUAAAUUAGAAUAUUUUGAUGUAUUCUUUCCUAAGAAUAUUAAUACUAAUGAACUUGAAGAAAUAACUACAUUUGAUUAUAUAGUUUAUGAAGGAAAUAAAAAUAAAUAAUCAUCAUAAUCAUUAAAUUUAUCAGAUAGAGUAUCUUUUGAUAAUAGUUAAUAAUCAUAAACAGUAAAAACUGAAGAGAUACUUUUGGAAGAGGGUUCUAAAAAUUAAUUGUCAUUUCCUUAAUUAUAAUAAGAACCAACAUAAGAAUCAAUGAAAUAAUAAUAAUAAUAAUAAUAAUAAUAACAAUAAUAAUAAAAUAAAAAUUAAAUUACUUAAUUACUUAUCUUAGGAUUAAAAUCAGGAGAAAUUGUUAUUAUGAAAUAUGGAGAAUUUAAACCAAUAUAUAGAAAAUAAAUUACUAAUGCUGAAAUCACUUAUCUUAAAGUGAGUUAAGCUGCAGGUAAAAUUAUUUUAGGUAGUACAGAACAUUCCUUUUUUAUUAUGGAUAUUAAAACUGUUUUAACUUUGUAAUCAUUUUUAGAUUCUGGAUUUGCUUUUUAGAGAAUAUAAUUACCUGCAAUGGUUUCAUCAUAUGUAUUAGAUCCCUUUUAUACUUAAGGAAUCUUUGGAUUAAGUAAUGGUAAUAUAUAUUUGAUAUCUUUUACAACAAAACAAUAUUUUCUUUUAAAUGCUUCAAAUUGUGAUUAAAGUGAAAUUGAAAUUAAAUUAUGCAAAUUAGUUGAAGAUAAUAUUUUAGUUACAACAUUUAAUCAAGGUAUAGUUAAAUUAUGGAGAAUGGAUACAGCUGAAUUACUAGUAGAAUAUUAAUGGGAGAAGGAAAUAGUAGAGUUUUUUUAUGAUGCUCAAAUUAAAUAAAUAGUAUUUAUAUAGGAAUUUGGUUAAAUCAAGACUAUUCAUAUAGAUAGAUUGGAUAUCUAUGAUUAGUAUUAUCAUAUAGGUAAAGGAGGACCAGAUAAAAUAAUUUCCUGUGUUUUUGGAAUCUUUGACUCAAUUCCAGGAAAGUUUGUUUUAGAUGAGAGUGGUUAACUCUUCUUUUUGGAACAUUUAUACAAGAAUUAAGAAUAUAUAAUCAGAUAUAUAAAAGCAUUAGAAUUACCAAAUGUAUGUUAAUUAGUAGAAUAAUGUGAAAAGAGAGUAAUAUUUGCAAUAGAAUAAGAUACAGGAGUAGUUUCAACCUUAUAGAUAGAUUAUAAUUCAACUAGAUAGUAUCCUUUUGCAUUUACUCUUUUUGAUUAUGUUAAUUUUUUAGCUAAUCCACAUGGAAAUUUAGAUAAUGAAUAAUCAUAAAAAGAUACUUAAACACUCUACUCUUCAGUUGAUACUUAAACAUCAAUUAUACCUGCAUAAGGAUUUGAUAAUGUUUACUUUGCUAUUCUUAAUACACUUCAAUAUCUUUAUGGAAGAAAUUAUAAUAAGAAAUAAAUCAUCUUAUUAAUCAAUUUAAAUGAUUUCCCAUUAUAUUUGUCAUUAGAUAAUAAUCUUAAAAUUUAUGUUGUCACUUAAAGUAUUUUAUAUAAUUUAAUUUAGAUGGUUCUAUUGAAGUGGUUUAACCUAAUGAAGGGACAAAUUAAAAUUAGAUUCAUAUAAGUUAAUUAAAUAGUUAAAUUGAUAAUAUUAUUUGUCAGAAAAGAAAAACCAAUUUUGUUAUUACCAACAAAACUAUUAUGAAUUUUUAUUAAUAUAUUUGA